AAUGAAAAGAGAGAAAAGGGCUUUAAAGCGCAAAGGCACACGCCAUUUAUAAAUAGGGGAAGCAAAUAUUAUUAUCAUCAUCAUCACCAUCUUCUCCUUGUCCUAAAUCUCUCAAGCUCUCAACUCUCAACCACUAUGGAUCCUUACAAGUAUCGGCCGGCGAGUUCUUACAACUCACCAUUCUUCACCACCAACUCUGGUGCUCCUGUAUGGAACAACAACUCCUCCAUGACCGUCGGACCUAGAGGUCCCAUCCUUCUCGAAGAUUACCAUCUCAUCGAGAAGCUAGCCAACUUCGACAGGGAACGUAUACCCGAGCGUGUGGUUCACGCUAGAGGAGCCAGUGCUAAAGGUUUCUUCGAGGUCACUCAUGACAUCUCCCACCUCACAUGUGCAGACUUCCUCAGAGCUCCUGGCGUUCAGACUCCACUCAUUGUUCGUUUCUCCACCGUUAUCCACGAGCGUGGAAGUCCCGAGACCUUGAGAGACCCUCGUGGUUUCGCAGUCAAGUUCUACACUAGAGAGGGAAACUUUGAUCUUGUGGGAAACAACUUCCCUGUCUUCUUCAUCAGAGACGGGAUGAAGUUCCCUGACAUGGUCCACGCACUCAAACCAAACCCCAAAUCACACAUCCAAGAGAACUGGAGAGUCCUAGACUUCUUCUCACACCACCCUGAGAGCUUAAACAUGUUCACUUUCCUCUUCGACGACAUCGGUAUCCCACAAGACUACAGGCACAUGGAAGGAUCAGGUGUCAACACAUACAUGCUCAUCAACAAAUCCGGCAAAGCUCACUACGUGAAGUUCCACUGGAAACCAACUUGUGGAGUCAAGUCUCUAUUAGAAGAAGAUGCUAUCCGAGUAGGAGGAACCAACCAUAGCCACGCCACUCAAGACUUAUACGACUCCAUUGCUGCUGGGAACUACCCUGAGUGGAAGCUCUUUAUUCAGAUAAUCGAUCCAGCUGAUGAAGACAAGUUCGACUUUGACCCUCUCGAUGUGACCAAGACCUGGCCUGAGGAUCUUUUGCCUCUACAGCCCGUUGGGCGUAUGGUGUUGAACAAGAACAUCGAUAACUUCUUUGCGGAGAAUGAGCAGCUUGCCUUCUGUCCUGCUAUCAUUGUUCCCGGGAUACACUACUCUGAUGAUAAGCUGCCUUCAUACGCGUGUCUUCUCUUAUGCUGAUACUCAGAGACACCGUCUUGGACCUAACUACCUUCAGCUACCGGUUAAUGCUCCUAAAUGUGCUCACCAUAACA